AUGACUGUUAAGAAAGCAGCAGGAGUCAAUCAGGUUGAAGCUUGGAAUUCAUUAGCGCAACAAAUUGCAACUCUGACACAAAAAGUUGAGGACUUUCAGGUAAAUACUCAAUCAUCAUCUCAACAUGAGAAUUGUGACGUUUGUGGAGGUAAUCAUCCCAAUCAUGAGUGUCAAGCUUUAAUACAAAAUGAAGAACAAGUAAAUAUUAUUAGUUAUAGAACCAGUUAUCCAUCUGGUUGUCCUAUGGCACAAAAACAUUCGAGAUCCCAAUGGAGUAACCCAAAUGGUGCUGAAAAUCCUCAAAGAUUUUUUAAUCAAAAGCAGCAGGUACAGGGACCACCUGGUUUUCAAAAUCAAAAUAAAGGGCAACAAGAUUUCCAGAAAUAUCAACAACCGCCCCAAAGAUCUCAUCAGCAAAGCCUCGAAGACAUGAUGUACAAGUUCAUUAAGGCUACCGAAGAUAAGGUUGAAAGUCAGAGUUCAGCCAUCAAGAAUUCAGAAAUCCAGAUGAUCCAAUUAGCAACCCUCAUGUCUGAACAAAUAAAAGGUGAUCUACCAAGCAACACCGAGAAAAAUCCAAAGGAACACCUCAAAGCCAUCUCUCUGCGGUCAGGUAAAACUCUUAAUGAUCCAUAUGUAGAUAGACUAGGAAAGCCACAAGAAGUGGAACAGGUAAAUGAAGGUGAGAAUAAAAGAGACUCUACACUUCUAAAAGAACACAAAGAUAAAGGAAGAAAGGUACAAGAAAAUCAAUUGAUGACAAAUCCUCACUCUGUACCCCUCCCUUUUCCCCAAAAAAUGAAAAGAGAAAAUCUUGACAAACAGUUUUCAAAGUUUCUAGAUAUUUUAAAGCAACUUUAUAUUAACAUACCUUUCACAGACGCUUUGACACAAAUGCCCUCAUAUGCUAAAUUUCUCAAACAAAUUUUGUCAAGUAAAAGAAAAUUGGAAGAAGUUUCAGUGGUUAAGCUUACAGAGAAAUAUAGUGCUAUACUUCAAAAUAAGCUUCCACAGACACUUGGUGAUCCAGGGAGUUUUACAAUUCCUUGUACUUUGGGAGGUGCUCACUUUGAAAAGGCAUUAUGUGAUUCAGGUGCUUCAAUAAAUCUAAUGCCUUUCUCAAUUUUCAGGAAAUUAGAACUUGGUGAAAUGAAAGAUACUUGUGUGUCUCUUCAAUUAGUUGAUCAAAGUACUAAAAGGCCCAAAGGAAUAAUUGAAAAUGUCCUCGUUAGAGUAGAUAAAUUUGUAUUCCCAGUAGAAUUUAUGGUACUUGAAAUGGAAGAAAAUACUGAGGUACCAUUAAUUUUAGGUAGACCAUUUCUCGCAAAAGGAAGAGCGAUCAUUGAUGUUCAUCAAGGACAAUUAAUAUUGCGAGUUGAUGAGGAGAGAGUACUUUUUGAUAUGCAGAAAAUGAUAAAAUUUCCUGGGAAUGAGUCAUCAUCAUCUUUUUUUCAAAUUUACUAUAUGACCUUGUAG